AUGCAAACUGAAAGGGAUCCGAUGGAGGCGCUGGCCAUAAUUGGCCUGAGUGUCAAAUUCCCACAAGAUGCCACUACCCCAGAGGCAUUCUGGGAAAUGCUACGGGAUGGCCGCUCAGCUGCAUCCAGGGUCCCAGCUGAUCGUUUUAAUGUGGACGCCUUCUAUCAUCCAGAUCCGAAUCGGCUGGACAGCUUUCGUGUCACUGAUGCCCACUUUAUGGCAGAAGAUCCACGCGCUUUUGACGCUUCGUUCUUUAAUAUGUCCGCUGCGGAGGCGUCUGUAUUAGACCCUCAGCAGCGUGGACUUCUAGAGAGCUCAUAUCACUGCUUCGAGAACGCGGGCAUCACUCUGCCAUCACUAGUUGGCUCCAACACGGCUGUCUUUGUUGCAUGUUUCGGAAAAGACUAUGACGCAUUUAUAGCGCGGGAUAUCGAGGCCAUGAGUCGUUAUCAUGCUACCGGCUCAGGAAGUAGUAUGCUGGCAAACCGCAUCAGCCAUGCAUAUGAUCUAAGAGGUCCAAGCAUCACUGUUGAUACGGCGUGCUCUGCAGGUCUUUCGGCCUUCCACCUUGCCUGCCAGAGUGUUUUACACGGCGAGAGCGAGAUGUCGCUGGUGGCGGCAGGCAACACGUAUCUCACACCGGAGUCUCUGACUAUCCCACUAGACGACGCGGGAUUUCUCAGCCCAGACGGCCGAUGUUAUAGCUUUGACGCCAAGGCCAAUGGCUAUGCCCGGGGCGAGGGGUUCGGUGCUGUCCUAGUGAAACCGUUACGCACUGCGCUUAGAGACGGCAAUGUGAUUCGCGCAGUUGUACGGGCGACGGGCGUGAACCAGGACGGACGCACGCCUAGUAUUACGCAGCCGAGCUCCGAGGCACAAAUCAGGCUGAUACGUGGUACAUAUGCCACAGCAGGACUCGAUCUCACUUCGACCGACUAUGUCGAGGCCCACGGUACCGGAACCCCUACCGGUGAUCCAAUCGAAGCCACAUCCAUAGGAGAAGCCUUUAGCCAUCAUCGAGAUAGCCGGCGGCCCCUUUAUGUUGGGUCCGUCAAGAGCAACAUAGGUCACCUGGAAGGUGCAAGUGGACUCGCAGCCUCGAGCCUCUCAUUGGAUGGCCACGACGUGGACAAAAUGGCAAGGAAAGGCAUACUGCCACUCUCGGCCGCCGAUGAAGAUGGCCCAGUCCGGCGAACCGCACGCAUCAUCCGUGGCACUCUAUCACCUUCUGUGCGCGCUGGCCACAUUGCGCCUUUGCUACAUUUCCUGUUCACGGGGCAAGGAGCACAGUGGCCUCGCAUGGGCUUAGACCUGCUCCAGUUCGAGCCCUUCCGCGGUGCACUGGAACAAGCAGAUACGUAUCUGCGCCAAGAACUUGGGUGUGAAUGGAGCUUGAUGCACCAGAUGGAGCUGACCGCGGACGCGGGCAGCAAGAUUGGGCAGCCUGCCCUUGCUCAGCCCCUGACGACUGCCCUUCAGGUUGCUCUGGUUGACCUCAUGAGGAGUUGGGGCAUUGUUCCCGCAAGGGUUACGGGCCACUCGAGCGGCGAGAUUGCCGCGGCAUACUGUGCCGGCGUACUGAGUCGCGAGGAGGCCUGGACUAUCGCCUACUUCCGUGGUGUUGUCUCAGAGAAACUGGCGUCGAAUACGCAACGUCCAAAGAGUGGUAUGAUGUCAGUUGGUCUCGGUGCCGAGACUGCACAGAAGUACCUUGAUGAAGAGGGGGUAGCCGACCGUGUUACUGUCGCUUGUGUGAACAGUCCCAUCAAUGUCACUAUCAGCGGCCAGGCUGAUGCUCUUGAUAUAAUCUACCACCGCCUUGAGAAGGAUGAGCUGUUUGUGCGGAGGCUAGACGUUCAGGUUGCUUACCACAAUUCCAGCAUCAUGUCCGAGGUAGCGGAUGAGUAUGGGCGGAUGCUCUCCAAGGCCCUCGACGGGCCCAGCCCGUCCAAAGAUCACGAUACCCCGGACUCCUUUUUCUCCUCCGUCACGGCUGGUCUGUCGACCGAUAUGGAAGAGCUCAGAAAACCCUCAUACUGGGUUCGCAAUCUUGUCAGUACUGUCCGCUUCGCCGAUGCGAUAGGAAGUGCCGUGCAAGAGUCUGCUGCCGUGAAAACCGCCCGCAACAGUUCCCACGUCUUCGUCGAAAUCGGCCCUCAAGCGGCACUGAGACGCCCUGUGCAAGACACGCUAAAGGUUUUCAGCAAAGACAAGUAUCAAUACAUCAAUACCUUGGACGCGAAGAAAGACAGCGUUUCAUGUCUUCUAGGUGCCAUCGGCCAGCUCUGGUGCACAGGAAUGGACAUCGACUUGGCAAGGGUGAACACAAAUCUUGUUUCCCGUGCCAGGUUGGACUGGGCCGAAAGUCGCCUCUCGUCGGGCUUUGCAUUCCGCCCACAUCGACGACAUGCGCUCCUCGGCCUGCCUGCGCGGGAUUGGAACCCCAAUGAGGCGAGCUGGCGGCAUAUCAUCCGCCAUGCCGAGAACCCCUGGAUUCUGGACCACACGGUCAACGGGUCUUCCGUCUAUCCAGGCGCAGGCAUCAUUGUCAUGGCUAUAGAAGCCGCUCGCCAGAUGGCUGAGAGUCAGCAGCAUAACGAGAACCAGAACAAGCAACAACGCAUCGUUGGCUACCGUGUAGCUGAUGUCCGUUUCCUUCGAUCCAUCGCCGUGGACGCAGGCGAGCGUGGCAAUGAAGCACAGCUUCACAUGCGGCAGCGCCGCGACAACAUCAACAAUACCUUGCAGAAAUGGUAUGACUGGCGCGUCUUCACCAUUGGUUCCGCAGACGAGUGGCUGGAGGCCGCACAUGGAAGUAUCAAAGUUGAGGUGGAGGCCGUCGGCUCAGCUGACGAGGCUUCCCAUCGGCGCCAGCAGCGUGAAGCUGAUAGGCUUCGCGCGGAGCACGACCGAAUCAUUGAUUCUUGCAAGUUCAAAACGUACCCUGAUCAGAUGUACGGCAAUAUCCGCGCACAUGGUAUGGAUUACGGGCCUUACUUCGCGCGACUAAGCGACAUCUCUUACGACAACCAUGGGCGAGCGGCCGCUUCAGUAACAACGAGGGAUUACGCUGAAAAGAUGGAAUACGCAAACGAGGACCCCUGUGUCAUCCACCCCACCACUCUGGACGCCUUGUGCCAUCUUCAGAUGGUUUCCGUCUCAGCAGGUGGUCUUCGCUCCAUGCCCGCCAUGAUGUUUACGCACUGCCGCGAGAUGUGGAUCUCAAACAAACUCUUCGAGCUGCCAGGAAAUCUGAAGCUCCAGGCGGCUACCACCGAGACCAUGCGUGGGUUCCGGGAGUGCGAGUGCGAUACGGUAGCACUUCUUGCCGAGACACGCGAACCCAUGGUCAUUAUUCGUGGCGAGCGUGGCACGGCCAUCACGAGUCUGGACCACGACGCUUCAGAAGCAGAGCCAGUUGCAGCAUGCUACCAGCUUGCAUACCAGGCUGAUCUCUCCUUGAUGUCCAACGAUGAGUCGUACAAGUUCCUCAUGAACAACACUUUCAGGGACUUUUCUCUGCCUGACAAGAAUUGCCUCGACCGAGUUGAUGCAUUAGUCCGCUAUUUCGUGGGAAAGACCCUCGAACGAUUCGAAAAGGAGGGCUUCGCAUAUCCCACUGACCACUUGGCGCAGUAUGUCAAGUGGAUGAAACGCCUCCGCCAACAAACGGACAAAAAUAGCCAUGAGUCCUGCGGCAGCGCGGAUCUUGACGUGGAAGCAUUGCUAUUGACAGAGGCUGCGGAGCCUACUGAGCAGCUUGUCCGGAGGGUGGGUCAAAAUUUGCACGACAUUCUUACGGGACAAGCAAACGCGUUGCAGAUCCUUUUCGAGGGUACACUGAUGCAGGAAUACUAUUCCGCCGAGGUAUUCCAGAUUCACUGUGACCGGGUUGGCGCGUAUGUUGAGAUCUUGGCUCACGCCAAUCCAUACCUGCGGAUUCUCGAGGUCGGUGCCGGAACUGGCAGCUCAGCAGCUGGGGUCUUGCCAUACCUGACUUACUACCAAGGAGACGGCAAAAAGACACCGCGGAUCGCUGAGUACAUGUAUACGGACAUCUCGCCUGGCUUCUUUGAAAAGGCCCAGGAACGCUUCGCCGACUACGCCUCUGAAGACCCGAUACCUCAAGGGUUCGAGGAAGGCUCCUACGACGUCGUCAUUGCUGGCAACGUUCUGCACGCGACCAGCGACCUGGCCCAGUCGCUUCGUUCCGUGCGGCGCCUGCUGAAGCCGGGUGGAAAGUUCAUCAUGGUCGAGAUCACUAACCCUCAAAGUGCGCGCGAGAAUUUCAUAUUCGGGCUGCUUUCAGGCUGGUGGCUGCGUGCCUUGAGCGGCUCCUCGGACUGGGUCUACCCCAACCAGGGCCCGCUCCUCACCGAUGGGCAAUGGAAUGAGGCCUUGAAAGAGGCCGGCUUCUCAGGAACUGACUUACAACUCAAGGACCAUGAUAAGCUACCUUACCAUCGUCUGUCCACUUUGGUCGCCACAGCGGUCAAACCUGUGUCAGUAGGGGAAGAAGGUCCCCGCAGAACGACUCAUAUUAUCAAAAAGGACGGCUCAGAACUGCAGACGAAAUUGGCAGAAGCUAUCAAGAACCAACUGACAGACCACUCCGCGACUGUCACCAAUCUCAGUCAAAUGAACGGAGUUGAUCUGACUGGCGUCAAUACGAUCUCGGUCUUGGAAGCCAACGACAGCAUCCUGCAUGAUCCCUCGGAGGACCAAAUGUCAGCCAUCAAGCAUUGUGCCAUGCACUCGCGAAGGAUGAUCUGGGUCACCAGUGGAGGCGGGCCGCAAGCCCGACGCCCCGAGGCCGACAUCUCGCUGGGUUUUGCGAGAACCGUCUGCACUGAGCGCGGAGACCAAGGUGUCAUUGUCAUGAGCCUUGAGUCGCCCGAGGAUGCGAGUCACAGCGCUAGCCUCAUCACGGCUGUCUUACAACGUGCCGCUGAAGAUGAGGAGGGGUUAUGGAGUGAAUCAGAACUUGCCGAAGUGGACGGUGUCCUUCAGAUCCCCAGAGUGGCGCCCAACGGUCGACUGAACGAUGUCAUCACAUCGCGAACUCAGACCCCCAAGAUGCAGACCUGCGCAAUCGGCCCUGAGGUUCAGCAGCACAUCAGCCUGUCCAUCAAGAACCCCGGUCUCCUCGACACCCUGUACUUCAAAGAAGUGGCUGGCGCCGGAGCGGCCCUCGGGGACGGCGAGGUUGAGAUCCAAGUCAUGGCGUCCAGCAUGAAUUUCAAGGACGUCAUGAUCGCCCUGGGCCAGAUCCCAUCUCACGGGUUCGGCUAUGAUGGCGCCGGCAUCAUCACUCGCACAGGCCCCAACUGCAGAUACACGAAGCCUGGAGACCGUGUCAUGUUUGUUUCGAUGACCGGGGCCUUCAGCACAUUCGUGCGUGUGUCUGAGCAGCUUACCCAGUCGAUGCUGGACGGCAUGUCCUAUACAAUUGCUGCGUCGAUCCCUGUGAUCUACAGCACAGUGGUCUUCUCUCUCGAUCACAUCGCCCGUAUUCGGCCCGGCGAAUCCAUUCUGAUCCACUCCGCAGCUGGAGGUGUAGGCCAAGUUGCCAUCAUGGUUGCUAAAAAGCGCGGCGUGGAGGACAUCUACGUCACAGUGAGCAGCGAGACGAAGCGCAAGCUCCUGGUGGAUAUGUAUGGCAUCCGGCCGGAGAACAUAUUCUACAGUCGCGACACCUCAUUUGUCGAUGACGUUAUGGACGCCACCGGCGGCCGCGGCGUGGACGUUGUCCUCAACUCCCUGGGAGGGGAGCUCUUGCAACAGAGCUGGAGGUGCAUCAAGACGUUCGGGCGCUUCGUCGAAAUCGGCAAGGCCGAUAUUCUCCAGAAGACAGGCCUUACCAUGGAGCCGUUCGAGCGGAACGCCACCUUCUCGGCUGUAGACAUGUACGUGGUUGUGGAGAAUGCCCAGGAGACCAUGAAGCAGGUCAUGACAGACGUGAUGGACCUCUGGUCCAAAUAUCCCGACGAGGUCCAUGAGCCGCGGCCGCUGCACGUCUACCCAGCAGCCAAGUUUGAGGACGCCAUGCGGUACCUUCAGAGCGGUAAGAACAUCGGCAAGACGGUUAUCGACUGGUCUCAGCCCGCUCAAGUACCCUACCGGCCAAUGCUGCAGCCCGCCUACAGAUUCAGGGCCGACGCAUCUUAUGUUCUUGCUGGCGGCCUUGGCGGCCUCUCACGAGAGAUAGUGCACUGGAUGAUGAGCCGUGGAGCUAGAAAUUUCAUAUGUCUCUCACGCUCUGGUGUGGGAGGCAACCGAGAGGCCCAGAAGUUUAUCCAGGAGGUCGAAAAGGCCGGUGCUACCAUUCUCGCUCCAGCCUGCAAUAUUGCCCAUCGAGAUGCUGUGGAGAAAACAUUGCGGGAUUGUUCGAGCAAGGUUCCCCCAAUCAAAGGAUGCAUACAAGGUGCUAUGGUCCUACAUGACGAACUCAUGGACAACAUGACAGCCAAGGUAUGGAAAGAGCCACUGGAGCCAAAGUACCACGGUUCCUUGAACCUCCACGAGCUCCUCCCGCAAGACCUCGACUUCUGCAUCUUCCUAUCCUCCUUCGCCGGCGUCAACGGCAACGGCGGCCAGAGCAACUACGCAGCAGGGAACACAUACCAGGGCUCCCUGGCCCGGCACCGGGUCCAGAGGGGCCUGCGCGGCAUCACCGUGGACCUGGGCCUGAUCCUCGAGGCCGGCCUCGCCAACUCGAACCACUUCUUCGUCCAGUCGGCGCUGCGGGCCGGCUUCACGGGCGUGACGCAGGACCAGUUCCUGGGCCUGCUGGACGCCGUCUGCGACCGGGCCUACGACUACAGCCGGCCCGGCGCCGCCGAGGUCAUCCACGUCGUCGACAGCCCCAAGCAGCUGUGGGAGAAGGGCGACCAGAGCACCGUGGCCUGGAUGUCAAAGCCGCUGUUCCGCAACCUGCAUCGUCUCGGCGCCACCUAUGACAGUUCGGCUGACGCGGCUGGCGGCAACGGGCUGACAAGAGAGGACGAGGUGGAUUACCUCUCUCAAGUCCGCGCUGCGGCGUCGGAAGAGGAGGCGGCGGAGAUCAUCACCCGGGGUCUGAUACAGAAGCUGUCCAAGUCGCUGUCUCUCCCCGAAGCAGAUCUGGACCCCAGUAAGCCGGCUUUCCGGCUCGGCGUGGACUCGCUUAUUGCCGUCGAGGUCAGAUAUUGGUUCAUGAAGCAGCUUCGGGUCGAGGUGUCCGUGCUGAAUAUUCUCAAGGACCAGAGUCUGUCUGAGCUUUGUUAUUCCGUAGUUGGAGAGAUCCUCAAAUAG